GUGCCCAGAAUGCUGGGCCUCCUCGUCCAGGCUUCACUGCUGCUCCCGGUGCAUGAAGCCGCGAAAGUUUCUUUCCUGCAGCACUCCAUGAAUUCCUCCGGCACGCAAGGCCCCGAGCACAUUGAGCUGCACCAGCUGCCUGUGGUGCCGAAGGCCUGCCCUCACUGCUGCUACCACGGCGAGAAGGAGGUGGAUUGCUUAGAUGUGGACCAAUGCGCGGCCAAGGGCCCCGCGAACGGGAAGUAUGCGAUAGUGAUGUCCUACUUCGGCAAGCCGCGCGAUGGCAUGCUUCCUUACAUCCAGUCGAUGGAGGCCGCAGCCGCGUUGGCCAACAACGCAGACAUCUUCAUGGUGAUGAUGAAAUCGGACAGCAAGCACAUGACUGCCUCGCAGAAGGAGCUCUUCCAGAAGCACCGAGUUCAGCUCCUGGAUGUCGACUGGGACACGCCGCCGAACAUGAAGGGCUACAAGGAAGGCGGAUGGUGUGGUCAUCAGGACUUCAUCCGCCUGCACGUCCUUGGCAUGGAGGGCUAUGAUGCCGUGGCCUACUAUGACACCGACAUCGAGUUUCAGGGCGACAUCACGCCGGUCCUCCGCUGUGCAGCCUCAGGGAAGUUCCUCUCGACCAAUGGAGGC